UGGGCUGAAUUUUGCAAAAUAAUGGCAAAGCCUUUGCAAAAGGAAAGAGAUAAUCGGUCGGCGGAGAAGAAAGACCUAACUUUCCACGCGUAUACGAUAACACCGGAGAGUGCUCAUACUUCGAUAUUGCUUUUGGAGUCCACUGAACCGGAGAUACUAUGUCAGACACUUCGAGCGAUUACAAAGUUCUCCGCUCAAGAUAUUUACAACCGCUACGUGCUGUUCAACCUGAAGGCGAUGGACUACAUCUUACUACACGUAGACCACCGUGAACUAAAUAUUCGCAGGUUCGCGCUAAAAGCUCUAGCGCAGCUCUGCCAACUGCCGCGCGGCCCCGAGCAGGUGCUGGUAGACCCGCAGAACUUGAGGAAGAUCGCGUAUAUGUUGGUGAAGAUUGAAGAUAUAUUCGUCCUAGAAUUCGCAUCACUAGUUCUAUCAGAGCUGACGAGAGAACCGCUCGGUUGCGAGCAACUGGUUUCAGCCAAUAUCCUGAACAGCCUUUUCUCGAGGAUGAAGAACAGUCUGGACCCUGAUGUGCAAAAUAAUUGCCUUCAGACCCUCAGCAACCUACUAGACGACCCGGUCUGUGCUUCAGAAGUAACCAAGAACCAUCAAUUCAGUUGGCCCUCACUCCUAGCACUGAUGCAAAGCAAAUACCUGGCCAUACAGCAUGCAGCGCUCAGGACGGUGGAUCAACUGAUAUGUCGGUACAAAGACGAAGCGGUGCAGAAGACUUUUAGAUCUUCCACGGGUGUGUUGGAUCUUUGUGACAUUUUAGAGUCGUACGAGUUCCGCGACGUUCACGCGGUGGUGUUAAACGUUCUCAAAAACUACGUGGAAACCGAAGAGAACGCGUCUCAUGUAUACCAGUCCGGGUGUAUCGUGCGGCUGCUGGCAUACUUGGAGAUGGCGCUGCCGAUGAUGAAGCCCCACUGCUUGGCUGUGCUCACCAAGAUAUCCUUCUCUAAUAACGGCAGAAAUGCUCUAUACGAGACGGGAACAGACCUGGUCUUCUGCCAUCAACUCAUGGGAUCUAACGUGGGUCUGCUUGCCGACGCGGCGAUGGGCGUAGCCAACAUGACCAAGCUGUUGCCCUCUGCAGUGCGCAUGUCCGACACCAGCAUUAUCGAGGCCCUUUGUGCGAUACUAGCCGACGAUGUAGCGGUGUGGUUCUACAUCAGGAUGAACGCGCUGCGGGCACUGGCCGCCCUCUGUCUGAAGAUUCCGAAGGCGGCAUACAGUCUCGUGGAACCGAAAACGUUUGCUGCUCUGAGGAAUAUUAACAAAAAGUUUAAAGACAACCCAAUCGAAGCGCAGCGUCUAGCCGUACAGUGCUAUAUGAAUCUCCAGACUUAUCACGUGAGCAUGAAGGCCAUGCUCAAUGUCGAUUUCGUUCAAGAGAUGCUCAACAUCUUGCAGCGCAUUGACAUCAGUUUGAAGAAGAUGGCUUGCAACGUGCUAUCUGGUCUUAUGGUCGAGCCAGUCGCAAAGGAGUUGUUCACCCGCUGCAAGGGCGAGGAGGUGGUGUCAACGAAUCUGCGAAUCAAGCACGUUGGGUUUAACACGGCGUUGUGCACUCUCAUCACGGCCAGCGUGACGGAUGAAGGAGCGGACGUGUAUCUACACCUCGGCACUGUGCAUUUUAUGGUUGAAAACCGUUUAGCAAGAUACGUGGUGAGUGCCUGGGAGCCCGCCCUGGAAGCGAUCUUCCGGCACCACCCGUCAGCUAAGCUGGCCUAUACAGGACGGCUGGAUAUAAACGACUUUACUCGGGAAGGUUUCUACGUCCAAAAGCGGCUGUCCACUCCGUUCCCCACCAUCCAGCAGCUGGUGGACAAACCGCCGCCCCACGAGGACGCGGUGUUCGUAUCCUUGUUCCAACCCCCAGUAUCCGCAUCCGGGAUCGCUUCUGGCGUCGAUUUCGGACAGCAGUUCCAUGGUAAAUCGUCGUCGACCUUGGCUUCGUCCUCGACGAGGCUGCGGCCAGCGCUCCCCGAUGACAUCAACUUACGAGGAUACGUGCUGCAGCAGCGGCUCUGGUUUGGCGACCCAACAAAGUCUCUGCGAUAUAUCGAGAUAGAAGACGCACAUUAUGAAGUGAGAUAUCGAGACAAAUGCGACGAAGUUUCUACGUCGCUAAAGGAAAGAGCGGAGCUGCUAGCCGAAUUUGUGGCGGAGCAGAUGUGUGGAACAAGCCAAGAGAAGGACUGUUCCAUGCCCACCGUGGCCCUACACCUGUCGGACUUAAUGAAUGACCUGGAUUCUUGUGUGAUAGGCCUGGGAUGGGUCCGCUGCGGUGGCGCGUUGGAGAGAGCAGUUUUAUACAAGGUUUUGGCUGAUCGCGUCGGACUGCCUUGCGCGCUACACAGGCGAAGCAGCGCGCAUGCGUGGUGCGAAGUCGCCAUUCCUGAGCUGGACCCGGAAAGCAAGACGAAAGAAGAGAACUACCCCGCAGGCCUACUCCGCGCUAACUACGUGGUGGACCUGACGGUGAAUCCGGGGCGGCUGCUGCCGCGCGGGGGGGAGGACGCGAGACGCGUGUGCGGGUGUGAUCCCGCGCAACCCAGCUAUACGUCUCGCGCGGCUACGGGGUGCUUCUGCAAGCCGGAGGCUCGCUAAAU